UUAGGACAACAACCUCUGAAACAUGGAUGCCUCUGAAGUUUUCACAGGCAGAAUUCCAAGUCCUGGCAGAACAUGGGACCAGCAGAUGAUGCGGAGGAACAGUUGGUGCCAUCUUUACGUGUCCCUUAGAGGUAAUAAAGACUAGGCUUCAAUCUUCAAAGCUAGCCUUCCGGGCUGUCUACUACCCACAAGUCCAGCUGGGGACCAUCAGUGGUGAAGGAAUGGUCAGGCCAACAUCUGUAUCACCUGGGCUCUUUAGUGUUCUCAAGUCAAUUCUGGAAAAAGAAGGACCAAGGUCACUCUUCCGAGGGUUGGGUCCAAACUUGGUUGGAGUUGCACCAUCAAGAGCUGUCUAUUUUGCAUGCUACUCCAAAGCCAAAGAGCGAUUUAAUGGGAUUUUUGUGCCCAACAGCAACAUUGUGCACAUCUGUUCUGCAGGUUCUGCAGCCUUUAUCACAAAUUCCCUGAUGAAUCCUAUAUGGAUGGUGAAAACCAGAAUGCAACUGGAACGGAAAGUCAGGGGUUCAAAACCAAUGAAUGCUUUGCAGUGUGCUAGAUAUGUUUACAAGACAGAAGGUAUCCGUGGCUUUUAUAGGGGCCUGACUGCCUCCUAUGCUGGGAUUUCUGAGACCAUUAUCUGCUUUGCUAUUUAUGAAAGUUUAAAAAAGCACUUAAAGGAAGUCCAACUGCCCCCUUCUUCUCCUAAUGGGACUGAAAGGAACUCGACAAACUUCUUUGGACUGAUGUUUGCUGCUGCUGUUUCCAAGGGCUGUGCCUCCUGUAUUGCUUAUCCGCAUGAGGUCAUACGGACUCGGCUGCGAGAAGAAGGCACUAAAUAUAAGACUUUCAUUCAGACGGCACGUCUGGUAGCACGUGAAGAAGGCUAUCUCGCCUUCUAUAGAGGACUCUUUGCCCAACUCAUCCGGCAGAUACCAAACACAGCCAUUGUGUUGUCCACCUAUGAGUUAAUCGUAUAUCUGUUAGAAGACCAUGCAAAGUAGCAGAGCCAAGACUCCUGUUACAGACUGUAGACCAAGUUCUUCGUUGAACAAAUAGUCCUUUAAGAGACUGAUGCAGGUGGCAGUGCUGGUGGAAAAACUACAAGUCUGUGACCACCUGCUGGAUAUUUCCUUUUGGAUUCAUGCUUUCUGAAAGGUCUCAAGUCAUUAACGGGAGAGCUGAACAAGUCUGACUUGGAAACUACUCCCAUCAGAGACCUGAGGGAUUUCUGCAAACUUGUGGUUUUUAUCAAUCUGUGCAGAGAGAGGGGAAAGUCUAGAGCAGCAGUCUUCAACUGCUGGCUCACAG